AUGAUGAUACGCCUACUCAAGGUCAUGGACUUCCAGCCUUACCUCGGGAUCAUCACCCGCUCUCUCGCCCUCGCCACGCCCUCCCUGCUGCACUUCUUCCUGCUCUCCUUUACGGUCUUCUUCUGCUUCAGCAUGUACGCCUACCUCGUCUUCGGAGGCGCAAUGGAGCUGUUCUCCACAGUACUCAACUCAAUGUUCUCGUGCUUCCUGCUGCUUCUCAACGACAAUGGCUCGGCCUAUUUCUUCCAGCGCCUGGAAUCAUGGGACCUAAUUGCAGCGAUGCUCUUCUUCUUCAUGUUCAUCGUCUUCAUGGUCUUCAUCCUCCUCAACUUCCUCAUCGCCAUCAUCGUCGAUGCCUUCAUGAGCGUCAACGAUAGCAAUGUCGUCGCCACCUCUAUAACCUCUGAUAUUGCCCACAUAUUCAAGUACAAGUGGAACUGCUGGCGCGGCCGGUACCUGCCUUACUGCGUCAUUCUCGACCGCCUUGUGGAGUUGGGGGCCAAGGACACCCGCAUAGACGAGGCGAGCUGUCGGAUGCGCCGCGUCAAGUCUAUCCAACGGCGGGUAGGCUCUGCGAUUUCUGACACGCUUGGCAGCGUCCACAAGGCAUCGCGCUCUGCUCAGUCAAGCAACCACCCCGUGUUUCCGCCCGCUAGCGUCGCUCGGGUGCGGCGGCAGCACGUGCUGACAGUGAGGGAGAAGCGCAUCGACGCCAUCUCGCUCGCCAUGAUCCUGCAGCGCCGCCAGGAGAGGGAGGAAAGAAGCCCCCGCCAAUCCGCACCUGCCGUGUCAUCCAAGGCGGCACCCUGCUUCUCUUCGUCCUGGUGUGAGAGUGGAGGCAUGUGGGGGGCUGGCCCCUGGGCUGCGGAGGAGGAGCAGCUGGAGCAGCUGUCGCAGGCGGUGGUGCUGCAGUGCGGCGAGGUGGUGAAGCAGGCCGCCCUGCCCGUCAAGAAGCCCGUUCAGAAACUCAGCCUGGCCCACGUGCAGGAGGAGGUGCUACGCGGGCACGAGAGAGCGGAGGAGAUGAGGGGCAUGAUAGCAGACUUGCAGAGCGACAUGCGUGCCAUGAUGGCCCUGCUCGACCGUGCCCUCCCCUCCUUGCGCGCUCAGGCUCGGCUCCUUACUCCCCCCUCAAUAUCACCCCUGGCGGGGCAGCGGCCGCUGGUGCAGCCAUGCCUGAAAGAGCGGCAAGUGGAAGAGGAGGGUGAGGGGCUGGGGGCAGCAGGGGCAGGUGGGAUGGGUGUGGGUGAAGGCGGAGCAGUGGAUGGCGGAGUGAAAAGCAGUUCCGGCCGAUUGAGUGCGAUAGUGAGUAGCAGCCGAUCCCCGUCGUCGAGACGAGAGUCGGGGAGACGGGUUGUGUUCCAAGACGAGGCAGUGGACGGGGGUGAAGGUGGUGUGAGCGGUGUGAGGGGUGUGAACAGAGAGGACACAUGGCAACAGCCAUUGAUUGAAAAUCAAAGAGAACGGUGA